AGAGUCAGUUGUCUUGUGACUCUCGUGGUGGGUGUUUGUCGCUCCCGAAGUUGGAUAGCCUUUGACCUCUGUCGCGCGAUAAUCCAUCAGAGUUCAAGUGUGUUUAGUGACAUUAGACAUUUACUCAGCGAUUUUUUUCCGAACAAAUCGAAUAGUGUUGAACAGUGAAUUUAAUUAGUGUUUUGUGAAAUCCUUCAGAGCUAAGAAGUGUUAAGAACAACAAUCAAUUUAAACAUUUGGUGAAGUUUAAGAGAUUUUUGAAUAGAAUAGAGAAAGAUAAAGAACCAAUAUUCCAAUAAAUUCAUUUUAUUGCUCUAUGCACGUACAUGUGAUGAUUUAACGGUACAUUUUCUUGUGUACAAUUUCUUGUGAUGUUUUCUUGUUAAUCGGUUUGCUCUCUUCUCAUUGGGGCAAAAAGACAACUAUCGUGCAAUUUUUGUUUGAAAGAAAUUUCCUCGUCAUCUUGGUGGUUCUUAUGUUGCUUCCUUAAGUGAAUUGCCUAAGAUCAUCUUUGGGUGUCUUCGAGACUUCAGCAGCAGCCAACCCAAAAAAACAUCAUCUUGGCCUGUUGCAAAAGGAACUCCAUGGAGGGAUAAGAUUUCUCAUCUUCAGUGUUUCCGGUGCUUUCGAGAAAGAAUUUUGCUUUGUACGGAGGAACUACUUGUGGUAACUUCUUAGGCUGCGCUUCUUUUAUUGUCAAUUAAAUUGGAUGAGAGGCAGUUCAGGAAAAUGCAGAGAAGCCCAAUCUGGUGUUUGAGUUGGCGAUUGUAAAAUAGUGGCGACAGAGUUCAGUCACCCAAAUCGACAUAUUGGCCUUGUCCCUGUGAACACAGAAUGCACGAUGGAGUCAAAUACGACAACAGUGGGUGGUGGGCGUCGAGGGAAGUUCCAGCAUCCGCAGUUGCAUCAGACGCCUACGACGGUGCACCAUCACGAGCACCAUCACCAGAAGCAGCACCACCGCUAUCCCAAAGACGACAUCGCCAUCAAGUAUCCCGGUGGCAGAUAUUCCAACCUCUGUUCACCCACUCACCCACCCUUUCCGCUCUUCCCGCCACCCCCUGACUGCCCACCACCGCCCCACACCAACGGCGCCCCAAGUUCUGCGCCUCCGGCUACCGCGACGGCCCCGCGAAAAGUACACUGCUACCCGGAUGACCCAGACAGCAUAGAGCUGUGCCUAGAGCCGGAGCCGGCGCCCACAAAAGCUUACAAAGGCGGCACAGUGAACGGCUCCGGUGCUAUCAACGCCAUUGAGCCACAGAUAAAAUGGUCCAGGAACAAUAUAGCUGCCACGAUGGAACGAUAUGAACCAUCGACUAGUUCUUACGGUUCAACAUUGCACAAUAGUUCUUCGAUUUAUCAUCAGGAUUAUUCAUACGCAUAUUAUGAGCCAGGUGCUGCCAUGCGCCAUUCCAAUGUGCCAGUUCCUGGCAUACCAGGGACAUCCACACAGGUCACUCCAGGUCCAUCACGACCCCCGCCUCCUAAUUCGAUAAGGGCCCUACUCUCAAAGUCCUGUCGAAACUCAGCUAAUUCGACAACGCCUAGUGAUAGGCAUACUUAUACUACAAGGUACGGGACUCAAGAGAAUAUCUACGAGGAAAUAGGAGGUGAUGGUAGGAUAAGGAUUCUAACGUCGGGACAGUCUAUGAUAAGUCUCAAUCAAAGUAUUGUAGAGGAAGAGUUGAGGAGGGUACAGAAUCGUCAUAGACGCGUUCUGGGUGAGCUUAAUCUGUCAGUUGAGGCCAUGAUUAUGCCCUCAGCUUCGCCAACGGACAGUCCAACGGAAGAGGAGCCCCAUCGCGAACCUGAGAAUUUAGCUGAGCUUCUCAAUUCAGUGGGACCAACAGAUGAGCUACUAUCCCCAGUGAGUUCUCAAGCGAUUGGCGGAGGUGGUGAUCUCGAUAGUGGCUUCAGUGGAAGCAGUAGUGGUGCUAGUUACGUAGGAAGUUUGCGAUAUCACAGGACAAAUUCUGCAAUGUCCACCUUCCCCACGCGAUCUUCCACUCCCAGUGCCGGAGGCGGUGGAUCAAUCUAUGGCGGUAGCUGUCGAUCUUCCCAGCGAUCCCAUGAAGACCCAGGCAUAUCGUCUUUCUCAACGCGAUCCUGCUCCUCCUACAGCAGCGCAAAAGUACAUCAGCGUCCAGCUGAAGAUCCCGGGCCAAGCAGUAACUGCUCAGAAACCCCAAAGCCGACCAAGAGUAGUUUCUGGAGUCGCAAGGGUUGGCGAAAGUUUCCCGGAUUUUCCAGUACAACCAGUGUUAAUAAAGCCGGUGCUACAAAUGAUGAACCAAACCUGAACUCAGGAUCCUGGGAGGAUUCGCUGCCCCUGUCAGUGGCCAGUAAGGCCACAAUGGCAACAGCCAGACACAGUGGAAGCGUAACAUCGCCUCCAGGAGCCAAUCUUGCACCCAGUCACGACCAGCGCAAUCUUUCGCACACUCCCUCAGCCCGAACAGUGUCCAGUGAGGAGAGCUGGUGCUCAGAGGGCGCCGGAUCGGAGCGAUGUCUCUCUUCGGAUGAUGAGGAUGAGAGUGAUAGGAGUGCUACUUCUAGUGUAACACCACGCAACAGUCAGCUUCGGUCGACGUUCAACAAGGCUCGGCAUCAUCUUAGUUUUGACAAGUGGCGCUCCAGCAGCAACGCCUCGAUGCCCACACCGCCCCAGCCGGAGUCUACGACACCUGGGGAGAGCCCUGGAGGGAGAUUGUCCCGCUGGUUCUCCAUUCGGCGUGGAUCUUCGCACCAGUAUGACAUUAGUGGGCGGGAUUCUGGAGAUACGACUGAUAGCUCAGCACAGCAGACACCCACCCAGUCCAACACCAGUCGAACACCCUCGUCGACCGGGAAGAUGCCCCAGUUGUCCGAAAGUGAGGAAGAUACGCCAUUUGGCUUGAGCAACUUAAUGGGCAGCCGAAGCAAUGGAUCCCUCCUUUCUCUGUCCACACGAGGUGGAAUUGUGGGCAGGCAGUUGCCACCAACUUUACCACCAGCGCCCGCAGGUUUGUCUCAGGAACAACUUAAAAGGCGAUUAAUAGUCGCCUCAAUCUGUCACAGUGAGAAUUCUUAUAUCGGAACACUUCAACGUCUAGUCAAUGAUUAUAAGAAGCCAUUGGAUGAGAGUUCGCCACCAAUUCUUAGCACUUCAAAGAUAUCGACGCUCUUCUAUCGUUUACCUGAAAUUCUUCAAUGCCAUACUCUCUUCCGGAUCGCCUUGGCCGAGUGUGUGAGAAAUUGGGAUCGUGACGAGAAGAUUGGAGAUGUAUUUAUUGCAGCUUUUAGCAAACCCAUCGUCCUGGACAUCUACAGUGGGUUCAUUAACAACUUCUCGGCUGCCAUGGAGUUGGCAAAGAUGGAGGCUAAGAGGAAGUCUGCUCUGGCGGACUUUUUCAAAGUCAAACAAAUCAGUGCACAUGAUAGAUUGUCUUUCUUCGGAUUGAUGGUGAAGCCUGUGCAGAGAUUUCCUCAGUUCAUCUUAUUUCUUCAGGAUCUUCUGAAGUAUACUCCGCAAGGGCAUCAGGACCGGAUGGCACUGCAAUUGGCACUGACGCAACUCGAAUCCCUCGCCGAGAUGUUGAAUGAGAGGAAGCGUGAAGCAGAACAGUAUCAGGCAUUUAAGGAGAUGCUGGGACAUAUCAGUGGGACGUUCAACACUCGGUCAUUGUCUACAGAUGGGAACAGUCGCAACAGGUACCUUCUGCGGGAGGACAAUGUGACUCAGCUGGAGUUCAAUCAAUGCGGAUUCAUCGUGAAGAGCAAACAGAGACGUCUUCUGUUGCUCAAUGAUAAGGUGAUUUGUGUCUCUGUGGCUCCCAAGCAAUCUUCAGAUUUUGGAGCCACUGAGAAGCUUUCUUUCAAGUGGAUGUUUCCUGUGGCAGAUGUUGAGAUUGUGGACAAUAGCACGUCAGCAACAUUGUCCAGAAUUCUCACAGCUGGUCUCAAUCGUGGUGGCAGCCUCAAAUCAAACACCAGUCAAUCCAGUGCUCCUGAAGGAUCAACCGUCACAAAUGGCGCAGAUAAUCUCUGCAACGAAAUGAGCAAUCUCAUGCAUGACUACGAGAUCGUAUCCCGCAUUAAUGAUCUUGUCGGCUCACUCAAAGGUUCCUAUCCCGAAAUCAGCACAGACAUCACGCGGAAAAUCCUGCAGAACAUCCAGAGUUCCAUUCAGAAAAAGGACGAAGAAAUGGCCUGGAUGGAUUCAUGCUGUCUGCAAUUGGUGGCAAAAUCCAAGUCUGGCAAGGAGGAGACAUUCACAUUCCAGACAGAAAAUCCAGCUGUGAAGAAGGAAUGGAUUACUGAACUGAGAUUGGCUCAAUUGGCCCUGGAUCCCAAUAAUUCACCGUCGUGGGAAGUGCCAGAUCACGAGAGGAGACCCCUCACCAAGAUGCCCCUGUUCGUCAAGGCUCAAUCGAUACACAAGACGCAGCAUCAAACCGAGGUCCGCUGCGGAUGUUACUAUUCGAUAACGAGCUCACGCUUGACAGCCCGCCGGAAAACCCGCGUGCAGAACUACGUUUGGAUCUGCACGACGGAUGGCACCAGUAGUCGCAUUGCCAUCCUCGUGCAGCAUCCACAGCAGACGGGUCUCCUCAAGGACGUCAGUGCCUUUGACCUCCCGGACACUGUGGCGACAGCCAUGGAAUUUGUCCGGGGAUCUCAAGGUGCUGGAGACAUGGACACUUCCACCGAUGGCAUCGUGGAUGGGGACUCAGUGUGGAUUGGAACAGACAACCGAAAGAUUCUCGUAUAUGCCGCCUGCAAUCCAGAGCAAGAAGAACAAAUUGCCAGUUGUCCAGUUCCGGGAAAUGUCUCUCAGAUUCUCCAUCAUUCUGACUAUGUUGUCGUGUCACUGAGUAGCGGAUGCGUUCUGGUGUUUAGGAAGCGCCAGGGAGGUGCGUGGAAUCUGUCAGAGCCCCAAGUGGUGUCUCUGUGUUCUGGUGAACCCGUGACCAGUGUUUUGCCCAUCAAUGCCAGUAUUUAUGCGGCGUGUGGAAAGAAAGUUUGGGUUUUGGCCAGUGAUACUGGAGACAUUACGAAAUCUUUCGAUGUGAAGAACAAUCAGCAUUCUGGGAGUUUAUCGGUGAAUCUGAUGGCUCACAGUGGAAUUGGUCUCUGGAUCUCGCUCAAACAAUCAAGUAUCAUCUGUCUGUAUCACACGGAAUCCUUCAAGCAUCUUCAGGAUCUCAAUAUUGCAUCCAAUGUGCUCAAGCUUACUUCUUCCCAGAAGGAAUCUCCUUCAAGUUCUUCGUCGGUCUUUGUGACGGCUCUCAUGGCCACAAAAGGUGUCCUUUGGGUAGGAACUAAUGUAGGAAUUGCUCUGACAAUUCCCCUACCUCGAUUAGAGGGUGUUCCAAUUAUCAGUGGAGGCGUCAGUAUUUCCUAUCAUGCUCAUUUUGGACCUAUCACCUUUCUCCUGCCACUGAUCCCCAAGGGCAAUCCUGUGACAACUAAAGGUCAGCAUUUGCAUCACAGUAUGGUACAGGGAACUCCCGGAAAGGGUAGCUUAACCAAGGCACAGGACAAUGAUAGUGGUUCAACGAGGGAAUCACCAUCUGGAAAUGCUGAUCAUCAGCCUGUGAUGCUUGCUCGGAGGAAGAUUGAGAAGCAAUUGUCCACAGAAUCUCCAAUUUCUGUGAUUCCUGCUAAGCUCAAGGCCCACCUGACCAAUAGCCCAGUGGUGUUGCGACGGCAACGCUUUAAGGAAGCUAGUGAAUCUAUGAGAAUGUCACAGACUCUGCCUCGAAGUCUGGGAUCAACGGGUUUCUUCUCGCAGUCUUCCCAUUCAAAUGUCUCCUCUCUACAUGGUUCUGAACAUGGAUGCUGUGAUGUCUACGGUCUCUACGGUGGCCUCAUCUUUGUCAAGGAAGACUUUGAGGCUGAAGAGGGUCAGGGUAAUCUCAUGGAUCCUUCAUAUGAGUGUCUGAGGCGAAGUGAUCCUGAAUUGAUUCCCAUCAAAGUCAGCACCCUCGAUCGUCGGAUGCGUAUGAAGGUAUCCCGACCACGAUCACUGGAUCUGUCCAAUUGGUCAGUGGAUUCUCGUUCCUCCAGCAUGUACACAUCGUCAGGGAGUGAAGAGAGUAUGGGGGUUCGAUUGCAAAGUGUCUCACGGAACAGCAGUAAUGCCAGUCGGAAGAUUCCUGCUACAGAAACUCCCAUUCCGGGAGACAAUUCUGAUCAUCACGAUGGUCAUUCAGUGGUAACGUCUACUCCUGUUGCUGCCACAGAUGCUCCAGCAAAUCCCCAAAUCCUCCCUGCCAUUGCGGCCACGAUGCAGAGAAACAAGAAGAAUGGGAAGCAAGCCCAGCAAUUUCCAGAGAUUGCUGGGAAGCGCACAAUCAUCACAUUGACCGGAGGCAGAGGUUAUAUCAAUUGGCGUCAUGUCUGGUACAAUACAUCUGAGAAGCAACAACGUUCUGGAUCAAUCAACUCCAUCCCUCGAGCUCCCAACUCCAAUGAUGCUCAUAUCGUGAUCUGGGAGAAGAAGCUCUAGGCUCUCUAUCACUCUAAAAAAAAACCAUCUUUAUCCCCCCAGGAAUCAAUCUCCGUGCCAUAAAAGAGUCUAUGUGAAGAGUGUGUGUGCAAUUUCUGGCCUAUUUGCAAAAAAUAAAAGGAUUUCAGCACAAAGGAGAGACUCAAUUUUAAGUGGCAACAUGAAAAUCUCAAUUGUGAUUGAAUUAAAAACAACAAAAAAAAAGAAAAAUUAAAUUAUUAACUUUUAUAAAUGAAGGAGGAAGCACUCUUUUCGGACUAAUGUACUGAAGGGAUAAUCCCCACACAUUAUUGGAUAAUUGUGCGCUAUUUAAAUGAGAAAAAAAAGUUUACAUUUAUGUCAUUCUCUUUUUUAGUUUGUAGAUAGUCGUAAUAUCAUGUAUCACAUUUUAAGUUUCUUUUCUUCUCGGAAACACUUUGACCUUUUAACAGGACAUUUUACAGAGAUGAGAACAUUGUUUAUAAAAAAAAUGUAAUUUCAGUGUCUAAAAGAAUCAAUUGGAUGAAAUAUAGUAAAGGACAAGUUAUCAAAUUAA